AUGGAUCUCCGAGUUAGUCUAACCCAAAUUGAGCUGGAGUGCAUGCUAGUUGAUGAUGACGCAGAGCCCAAGGCCUUGCCGUUCCCACUAUUGGAGAAAAUAACAGAUGGUUUUUCUGAUAAGCUGGAAAUUGGAAGAGGUGGCUUUGCGGUGGUUUAUAAGGCAAUGCUUGAUAAUGGCAUUAUCGCUGUAAAGAGGAUGUCCAAUACAUACAUGUAUGAGAAAGAAUUCCACCGAGAGGUGGAAUGUCUAAUGAAGGUGAAGCACAAAAACCUUGUGCGAUUUCUCGGAUAUUGUGCUGACACCCAAGGGAAUAUGGGAAGCUACAACGGGAAAAUGGUUAUGGCAGAUGUGCAACAAAGAUUGCUCUGCUUUGAGUAUCUACCUAAAGGAAGUCUUGAUGAUUAUAUUACAGAUUCUUUUGGAGAAUUUGAAUGGAGAAAGUGA